AUUAAAAAAAAAAAAUAAAAAACAAAAACAAAAACUAAAAAAAAAAAAAAAAUGGCAAGAACCAAAUAAACUGCUAGAAAAUCCACUGGUGCUAAAGCUCCUAGAAAAUAACUUGCUUCCAAAGCUGCUAGAAAAUCUGCCCCCGCAACCGGAGGAAUAAAAAAACCCCACAGAUUUAGACCCGGAACCGUCGCUUUAAGAGAAAUCAGAAAAUAUUAAAAAUCAACUGAUUUAUUAAUCAGAAAACUUCCCUUCUAAAGACUCGUUAGAGAUAUUGCCCAUGAAUUUAAAGCUGAAUUGAGAUUCUAAUCUUCUGCUAUUCUUGCUUUAUAAGAAGCUUCUGAAGCUUAUUUAGUUGGUCUUUUUGAAGAUACCAAUUUAUGCGCCAUACAUGCAAGAAGAGUUACUAUUAUGACUAAAGAUUUAUAACUUGCAAGAAGAAUAAGAGGUGAAAGAUUCUGAAGAAAAUUAUUUUUCUCUCUUUCUUUCUUUCUCUCUUUUUUAUUAUUUUUUAUUAUUAUUAUUGUUGUAUUGUUCAAAAAUGUUAAAUAAAUUAAUUAUUUUUUUUUUUAAAUGAAAAAAUAGUUUAUUUAUUUUUCAUAUUUUUUGUAUAGAGUGUAUAAUAAUUAAGAAUUUUUUAUUUAUUAAAUAAUAAUUUUUAGUUAAUUUUAUUUUAUAUAAUAUUUUUUUUUU